ACUAUUUGUCUUGGUCAAGUAGUGGAGGCAAAGUGAAAUUCCCGAGAACAUGCGUAACCUCAAUCUGUCGAGUUGUGGUGGUUUGUGGCUGGAAGGUCACAGCAUACGUCAUAUUUCUUUGGAUGACUGCUCUAAUAACAUCACUGUUUCUUUUGAGAGAAGUAUUGAGGUGAUUAGUAGCACGGGGAUAAAUACUUACCAUGCUCAAGGUACCCAACAAGAGAUACAUAGUUGUUUUGCGAUAUCUCCACCUGUAUACUUGGUUGCAAGUUCCAAUGGAAUAUUUCUUUGGCAUUCACUAAAUCACCAAAUUUAUGAAAAACUUGAUCUCAACACGGAAUUAAAAGCUAUACGUAUUUCUCCAGAUCUUUCAAAAACGGUUGUCAUAACUGGUGAUGGUUUUAUUCAUAUUCUUUCUUCAACUCUCGAAACUAUAUCCAACUUUUCACUGUACGAGGAAGGUUUCGGGUCGGCUCUGCCAGUUUCUCUAGGUUGGGGUAAGAAAGAAACUCAGUUUCAUGGCUCUGAAGGCAAGGAAGCAGCUUUAGCAAAACCGACUGUACCAGUCUCAAACACUCAAUAUGAUGAUGGUCGUUUUGAAAUUGCAUGGCGUGAUGAUGGUCUUUACUUCGCCGUAUCAUGGAUUGAUCCAUUAACAGAGAAUCGUAGACGUAUACGCGUCUACAAUGAUACUGGUGAAUUGUUUUCAACAACUGAAAUAACGAAUAUGAUUUCUCCAGGACUUUGUUGGAGACCUCGUGUUCAAUUAAUCACAACGACUCAACGUCGAGAAGGUCGUGGAUUGGAUAUCAUAUUUUUUGAAUCGAACUCCCAACGUCAUGGAGAAUUCGAACUGAUCGGUGAUGAAUCUGAAAAGUUUUACCAAGUGGAAUCUAUUAUGUUUAAUCCGACCGGUUCAAUUUUGGCAGUACUGUGUAGUGGAACUCAAAACCAUCCAUGGUUUAUUCGACUGCUAACUUGCUCUAAUUACCAAUGGUCAAUAAAACAACAUUUCUGUAUAGCUGACAAUUCAUUAAACGAUAGUCAAAUUUCCAAUAUAUCAUUAACAUGGGAUCAUCAUGCUUACAGUGCAGAUUUGUCAGCUCUUUAUUGUGCUAUAUCAAUUAAUGAGUCGUUGCCUAAUGAUAAUCAAGUUAACAGUAAGACGUUAUUGCAAUGCUGGAAAAUGAAUAACGUUUAUAAUUCAUCGUGCAUAUUAACAAAUUCUAAUGUAAAUACAAUAACAUCAUUAAAUUCUGGUCUUGUUGCAGUAAUCAAUGGAAAUACUGUCGAGUUGAGUUGUUUUGCUUAUUCAGUUAUUCCACCUCCAAUGUUUGCAACACGACUGGUAUUUUAUUCAAAGGGUGUAAAUCAAUCUAAUAAGACACAGUGUAAUUUCACUCCAUUUGUUUCAUCUGUAUCUGUUCCUAGUUUAUGGUUUGGAAAUGAAUCGGAUUCGCCAAACAAUGUUAUGCCUAUAUUAAUUCAAACAGUCGACUGUCAGUCAUCCAAAAAUGUAUUUCCAAAUACGUAUUUUAUUACUAUCACAAAUGGAACCUCUUUAGAGAAGGAGUCAUUUUGUAAUGGUGAGGUGUACUCUGAAUGGCAUAAUGGAGGAAAAAAUAUUGCACCUUGGCCAAAAACUGUUGUUAAAAUCGAUAUGGAUAGACUGUUCAGUGAAUGCAACGACAAUGACGAAUCAUUGAAAUCUUUAAUCUUAACUGAGUUAAAACAGAAGAACACUUGUUUAUUUAGUCCAUUGAGUUGUUUCGCCUGGUUAAGUCUUUAUGAAGUAUUAUUUAUUGGUGCGGAUGGUCUACUAUUAGGUUAUUUGAACAUGAAAAAUCUAUAUGCUAGUGAUGAUGAUUCUGAUGGUAAUCCAAAUGGACGCUGGUUACUCAGAGCUUCUUCAUCUGCUCAGGAAUUUAAAACGCUCUUGGAAAGAAACAACAGUAAAUUUGCCAGAAUAACUACUAUUUGUUGUACUAUUGAUAGACGUGUUUGUGUUCAAAUGUCCAAUGGUACUGUUUACAUUUAUUCUGUUCAAGAUAUACUAAAUAACAAUUAUUGUUAUGAAAUUCUACAAAUGAAUGAAUUCAACAUUGAUAAUUUACAUUCUUAUAAUCCAUUAAAUUGUAUAAUACAAUUUCCAUCUAAUUGUGAACAAUUAUUAUGUAUACCAGUAUUUGAUGAAUACAAUUAUAAUAUUAUCCAAUUGAAUUCAUCAUUCAUAACAGUUAAUUAUUCUGCUUUAAUUUUAUUUGGUUUUAAUAAAUCAACACAUUGUUUAUUCGCUGCUGUUUUACCAAAACAACAUAAUACUGGACAUUUUCAACAAAAUAAUAUUAUUGCAUUAAAUAUUACAGAUUCCUGCUCUUCAUUAAUUGGAUUAUCAGAAUUUUUAAUUGUAACUAAUGUAAAAAAAUUGUUAAUAUGCGUCUCAUUAGUAUUUAAUAUAUCACAAAUUAAUGAUCCAAAUAGUCUUUUAAAAGAAUUACUUUCACGAUUGAAUAUUCCUUCUGAAUUGGACGCCAGUACACGUAAACCACCGCGUAACUGGUAUAAUGAUAAUUUACAUCCAAUCGAAUCAGGUGCAAUCAUUGUAACAGCGAUACCAAAUGAUACCAAAGUCAUACUACAAAUGCCACGUGGGAAUUUGGAAGAAAUUCAUCCUCGUGCUCUUGUACUGGCACAUUUAUCCAAAUUACUUAAUAAUAAACAAUAUGAACAAGCUGUUAAAAUGAUGCGUCGUCAUCGGAUCAAUUUCAAUUUAUUACAUGAUUAUAACCCUAAUUUAUUUCUAUCAAAUGUCAAACAAUUCUUACAAUCAAUUGACGAUCCUGAUUUGAUCACAUUAUUUAUAUCUGAUCUUGUUGAGGAAGAUGUAACAGAAACAAUUUAUCAUAAAUUUUAUUCCAAAUCUUCCGAGCGCCAUCGAUCAACUCUAAAAACAUCUAAGCUUGACCGAAUAACUGAUAUUCUUAUUGAUGAAAUGGAGAAGCAUAAUCCAACCAAAUUGAUUGUGCCAAUUAUAACUUGUUAUGCAAAAAAGGUCCCACCAAACUAUGAAGCUGGUUUACUAAGAUUAAAACUUUUACAUGAAAAUGGAGAUAUAAAUACAUGGAAUAAUGGAUUACGUCAUUUACAAUAUUUUGCUACACCAAUUGAAUUGUAUAAAGUUGCAUUAGGUACAUAUGAUUUAAAUUUUGCUACAAUAAUGGCACAACGUACACAACUAGAUCCAAAAGAAUAUUUAGCUGAAUUAAACGAAUUAAAUUCUAUAACAAAUGACUUGAAAAAAUAUCACUGUGAUACUAUGGAAGAGGCUAUAGCAUAUCAACAAUUUAAAAUUGAUCAUAGCUUGAAAAAAUAUUCAAAAGCUGUUCUACAUUUGAUUGAUUCCGGUUCUAAACACAAAGCGGAACUAUUAUCCUAUGUGAAAGCAUAUCAUUUAUAUGCACAAGUGACUGAAGUAAUACCACAAAAUUCUGAAGAAUUCAAGAUUAUUUGUCAACUAUGGGCGGAUUAUUUAAUUUCUUCACAAAAUUUAAGUUAUGCUGGUCAGAUUUACAUGAAAGGUGGAUUUUAUGGUUUAGCUGCCAAAACGUUCUUAUCUGUAACUAAUACCCAACUCUGGUGUAUUGCCGCUGCGAACAGUCGACUAUUGAAUGAUAAAAAUAAUGCUGAUUUAUCUACUGAUCACUAUUUAAGUAAUGCAGAAAUACGUACACAAGCACAAAAGUUGGCAGCUCGAUUGAAAGAUCUUCAACGUCAUCAAGAAGCUAUUCAAAUCUAUAUUGACUUUUUAGAGGAUCCUGUAAUGGCCAUCAGAACAGCUUGUGAAGAUUGCCUGUGGAUGGAUGCUCAUCGAUUGGCAUCAUUGUAUAAUAAACAAGAAUUUUUAAACCAAAUCCUUAAAUCUUCUCUAAGUGAACAUUAUUCUAUCUUAAAAGAAAAAUUGCGUAAAUCCAUUGAUACAUACGAUAAAUUAUUCGAUCGAUUAAUUACUCUACGUCAAAUGCAUAAACAACAGGCGGAAACACAACGAUUUGUUCAGAUGCAUGGUGAUAGAGAGUAUUUUGAUGAUAACUUUUCUGAAUCUGAUAUCAAUUCAGAUACAAGUAGUAUGUCGGGAGAUAGUAUAACCAGUUCAAUGAGCCAAAUAAGUUUGCGGACGUCAGGAUCAAAAAAAUCCGGACGUUCAAUAAAAGCUAAACGAAAACAAGAAGCAAAGAAAUGGAGCUCAAAACCGGGUAGUAAAUACGAAGAAGUUGGUCUAUUACAUGAACUAACUCAGUCAAUAGAAUUGGGUCAAUCACUUGCCAACGAAGUUAUGAACUCGCUUACGGAAUUUUGGUAUACAAACAUGUUUGGAGAGGGUCGUACGCUGAUAUGCUCAACUAAUGACUUAUUAAGGAAGCAGAAACAAGGAUUGUCAUCUAUAUGGGAUGAUUGGAUAACUGGCAAAUGUAUUGCAGAAGAAAAUGAACAACAAUUUUUCGGCCGAAAAAAAUAUCCCAUUCAAGAGGCAUUUUUAUGUUUUCCACCGAAAAUGAAAAGGAUUAUUAUUGAAUGUUGUAUGUAUUGAAUGUGUUGUUUAAUUGAAUACAAUAGAUAUGUUCUCAAAUGUGGUAUUAAAGUUUAAUUAUGUCAAACACAUAAUUGCACACACGUACACACACAGUUACAACAAAAAAUGAAAACGUUUACACUUUAUUUAAAGUAAUUUUUUUUUCAUUGGAAAAUAAAAAUAUUUUUUUCAAGAAAUAAAUGAAAUGAGGAAAUGCUUUUUCAUUGAAUUCAUUGUUCACAUUUAGUACUAUGACGAUAAUGUUAUUAAAUGAAUCAAUAAAUGAGUGAGCAAUC